GAGACUGAAGUACUGAAUGAGAGGGUGAAGGAGAGAUUUUACCUCAGCAGAGGCGCUUUAAACUCGCUGUAUUAGCUCUCUAACCGAUAUAUUAUAUUAACGGAAAUGUUACAAACAUGGCUGUAUGUUACUGAAUAGAAAAUGUCUUUAGGUAAAUGAGUGUUCUGGCGGCUGGGUGUUGGAGGUGAUGGUGCUGGAGGUGAUGAUGGUGGGCGGGUGGAAUCGUUUCGUUUGUGUGUUCUCAAGGUAACAGAGAAACGAACCGAGGCCUCGAUUCCACCAACACUGAUUCAGUACAACCGAGCAAACAAGCUGCUUUUACAUUCAAGUUAAGUUUAGGAUACCAGAGUUAAGAUUGGUGUGACUGAAGUCGUCACCACACAACCUGGUUAUUCCCAGAGUAUGUGCUGCUAGUAACACAGCCAUGGCAUUACUAGCAUUGACGGCAAACUCUGACACUCUGUUUAGCAAGUGGACCAAAAAACAACAUGCACGUUAUGGCAAGGUAGUGUGCUAACCACAAAAAAGAGGGAGAACAGAGAAGAGACGAAGUAACACCAAGGCAGAGGCGGUCAUGUGGACCCCUGCCUUAGGAUACUCCUCACCACCCAGCCCAGUCAGCUCACAGCUUAGCUGGGAUCAGGAUGAAGAAGAGGACUUUCAGAGCCAAAUGGAUGAGAAUGGCAUCAUUGGCCAUAGAGAGAUGGAGAAAGAAGGAGAGGUUGCUUUAGAGGCAGAGGGGGACCUGUUUUUGGAUGCUGGAACUCCAGAACCUGAGGAAGGCCCACCCUCUGCGCUGGAGGAUCUUAACUGCCACCUGAGUGAACUGCUGGACUCUGAGCCUCUUUCUCAGCCUACUGGGGAUAAUUGCUUUUCACUGUCACACAACUCUAGUGAGCAUAGUGUUUCCCUGGAGGACUGGAGUGAUGAUGGACAGAACCUUGAUGAGGAAGGUCCAGAUCAAUUCAACAGCCACAGACCCACAGCCAAAACGCUUGAAGAUGUGAAGAUAAAUGAUGCAACUGAGGUAAAAACCAAAAACCUUCAACAAAAAAUGGAUCCCAAGUACAUCUGGUUGGAGAGUCGUAAUGCAGCCUGUAAUAAAACAACAGAGCAGGACCUGUCUCGGAUGUCAGAAACUCAAAGAAGAGCCCACUCACAGAGCGGUGCUGAUGAGAUAAGCUACGUCAUCUCAACUUCCCCCAGAAGCGAUCGUCCUGCUCAGGUUCUAUCCAGCCUCACUCGUGACAUUGAAUCUGAAAUAUUCUCAGAGAGCCGAGCCGAGUCUGACACCAGUAGACUUAGCCAUUCCCACAGAACUUUCCACCCUGGAGCUAAUACCACUCCUCUGCUCCCAUCACCACUAAAAAUAAACUCUCUAUAUCAGGAAACUCAUCAGGUGUUUAGUUCUGUAAAGGUUCAAUCUAAAGAUCGGACUUCUCCUACAUCUGCUGCACCGCUUAGCACUUACCAACACAGAAGACUUUACAGCCACGGACUCUCCAAAACAUCUCACACCGAUCUGAAUGAUGUCAGAAAGGGGCAACUAAGUCACGCACUACCAGACUUUUCCAAAAUUGAGCCCAGGGUUCGCUUCCCCAAGAGCAGCUACAAGCCACCCAAGAGUCGAAGGCCUCGAAGUGAGAGAAACUCUCAAGCAAAAGCUCCUGUGGUGUUCAAAUCCCCUGCUGACAUUGUAAGAGAGGUUCUGUUGAGCAGUACCGAAGGUCUCUCAGAUACUGCAGCCUGUGCCGAGACACAGAAACCUCUGAACACUACAGUGCCUGAGGAGUUACGCUGCCCUCUGCAGGCCACCAACCUCGUACAACAGCUUCAGGAUGAUUACAAUAAGCUACUAACCAAGUAUGCAGAAGCUGAAAACACCAUUGACAGACUACGUUUAGAAGCUAAGGUGCACCUGCAUUCAGACCCGCCUAAGCCCAGCCAGCCUCUUCUGUCUGGUGUUAUGAAUGAUGGGAGGAAAGUUUUGACCCUGAGUUUUCCCCAGGCUCAGAGGGCAGAGCUCAGCACAGAUGCUGUUCAGUCAACUCACGAGAUGCUCACCUCAACUACCAGAGGGACACCCACUCACCCCAUCGUAGAAUCUGUAAAUUCUUUCAGAGGGCCAGAAUCUCUCACCGCAACACAGCAAGCUGAGGCCGUCUUCCAACAGAUGCAGGGAUUUCAGCUAAAGGUCGAUGAGUUUGAGAAACUUUUGAAGAGUGAAAGACUUGAUCCCUAUGAGCAGAUACAGAGGUUUUCUCAGUUGGUGCAGAGACAGGAGUCUAUAGAGAGGGCUUACCUCACUGCAAGAGAGAAACAUCGGCAGCUACAGAAGCAGACAGGAGGCACGUCUGACCAGUUCGACCCUGACAGGGACCUUGAAGGUCUGAUUUUUCAGUCAGGAAUGCGAUUGGAAGAACUAAAAGAGAGCAUGGAACAGACCACGCAGGAUCAGACCUCAUUAGAACCUACUGCAAGCCUGCCCUCUCCUGACCAUCAGCUCUGUGUGACUCUAAAUGAGAUGGAGCCCAAGCCUAAGAGUCCAAUUUCUGUUCCUCAUCCAGAGGUCAUGUUCGGGUUGGAAGUGACUUCACUUAGUGAGGAAAGUAAUAGUAACCGAGAGGAGCAUGAGGAGAUAUUUCUACCUUUCUUCAGUUCCCUAAACCACAAACACCAGCGUAUGGAGACAGACCUCAGCCACCUUAUGAAUGAAUCCCAAAACCUCAGAGAGUUUUCCAGGAUACCAGAUAAAGGCACAGCUGAGGAGGAUCGUUCCUCUUAUCCUGCCAGGUAUGAUCAAAUAAACAAUGAACAGCGGUGGAGGACGGAAGACGAGAGGGACUCAAACCAUCCUGUCCAGCCACUGCCAAUGGCGGACUCAAUGUCAGGCCAUUCUUGUAGCUCGCUUGUGAGUAACUCUAUGGAAACUUUCCCAGAGAUCCCUCUUCCAGAUUCCCUCUUUAGAUUACCAGGGCAACAUGACAGUGGGAAGAGAGCUACAUCUGGCAGAAAAUCCCAUAACAUGCUGGGAGAAAGUGCAGCCACAGAGAAAAGGGACUCUAAGGAGAGUGCUGGAGUCCUGAAAGCUCCACUACAGGAUGGCGUGAUAUCUCCAGAGACUGACAGUGGGUUUAUGGGCUCAGAAAGCAGUCGACAGACUCCAGCAGCACACAGUCCUGUCCAGCAGAGGACAGCAGUGAGGGUGACCAGACCAUCUGUCACCCCGAACAAGUGCAAAAUAAAUCCUGAAACGGUGGCUUUUAGCGGCCAGGGUAACACUACCUUCCCCUCUCACACACAGCCCUCUUCAGACCGCCCUAGAGACCGUGCCAAUGCCUCUGGAGAUACGCCAGGAUCCUUGGGUAGAAAAGGAAAAGGAAAGGCAGAGAGGCGGCAUUCACACAGCACCUUUACCUCCAGCUCCUCUCAUCACUGGCCCAGCAGGCCCCUCCAGCCUUCACCUAUUGGGCACAUCAGUGAGCUGCAGAGUGACCGUGUGCCUUCUCUAUCAGAAGAUGAACCCAGACAAGGCAGAAGCCUCAAUACCAAAAACCCCACCCUAACUGUACCCCAUCACCACAGUGAACACCGCAAAACCCAAACACGUGUCCAGCUGACCAAUCAACACGAGGCAUUUCAGUCCCUGCAUGAAGAGGUGGACAGACUCAAGGAACACCUAGAAGAGAGUCUCAGAACAACCAGUCCACUCAAGCGUGCUUCCCAUCACGCGUCCACACCUCAACGUAAUUUCAGAUCUUUGGAAAGAAAGACAGACAGCAAAAGGAGUGAGAAUGAGGAAAAGAAGAGACAAAAUAGCAUGCCAAGAAGGAGAUCGACAUCUGUGCCCCGUCUCAGACCGCAGCUAGAUAUCACUACAGAUUCAGAGCAGUCUGAACCCAUUACACCAAGUCACAGCUCAAACCGCCCUAUAAUGACACACACAUUUCAGAGAGGAAGAACAAGCCCCAGGACAAGCACAAGACCCCGACCGAGCCGUCACAUACGGAGCAGAUCAUCUGACAGAUCAGAAGAGAGAAAUAAUGAGGACCGUAACCGACGGCCUAUUCAGAUGUGCCCAAACUGUUCGGUACGGCGUGUUAAAACCCCUGCACAUGCAUUAAGAAUUGCUGACUCACCCGGUCAUACUCGUGCUUACUCUAAUUGCUGUCCACUGUGUGGAUCAUUAAAACCUGGAAGAGAAACUGUUGCUUCCCCAGGAAAACAAAGCUCUGCUCAGAUAGAGACUUGGCCUGUGAGGUCCACAUACAAGCAGAGAGGAAAUGUGUACUUUGCAGUAGCUCCUCCCCCUCCAGUGCUAAGUGUGCCUGUGGUCCAGUAUGUGCCUGUGUGUUCCCCAGUCCACUACUACUCCAGUCCCCUGCCAUCAUCCUCCUCCUUCCAAAAGCCUCAUUACGCCUCGCCGAGUGAGAAAAAAAGCCACAGAGAAAGGGACAGGGGUUUUCACAGACGCUCACACUCGGUGGACGCACAGCAGUCCGUGAACGACUCUCUGGACCGCGCCAUUGCUGCCACCAGCAACAUGGGAGAGGUGACACGACGCAUGGCACACAGUCUCGCUACAGGACUGCAGCACACCAGGUCACUCACACAGUCCUGCAUCUAUUAAUGUGCAUCACUGCUUUGUACUCGGUAGAAUGACUCGAAGGUGAACGUUCAUCUAAACUUGGAAUAUUUGGGACUCGUGCAGCCUUUUUUCUGUCAUGUUAACUGUUGAUCACACACAUUGAUCACACUGUACACUCACUGUUUAUGGCUGUGUAGCCAUUGGGAGAAAUUGCAAUUCAGCUUUAGGCCUUAUUUAUAGGACUAUUGGUAUCUGUAGGAUUUGUAUUAGUGUUUCAUUCAUUCAUUGUCUGUUUUACCAUCCUGGUCAGGGUCCCGGUGGGUCUCAUUUAAUGGGCAAAAGCCAGUCCAUCACAGGGAGGGCUCUUAAUUGUCGCAGCGGUCUACUGUGCUAGCCCACCACCAAUGAGAUCCAAGGUCUGAAUCUCAGCAGUGCCAUGGGCUAGUCAGGUGUUUACACAGACAUGACUGGCUAUGGUUGGGGGGACUGAAGCCCUGUGAUGGAUUGGAGACCUGUCCAAUGUGUUUUUUUUUUUUUUAUUCAUGGCGAAGAAUGGCCCUGCGGCCACCCAGACAUGGAUAAAGUGUUUUAUGGGAAUAAAAUGUUUAAAACAGUUUAAAUGUGUUGCGUUUGUGCCGAAAAAUCUGUUUUCAAAAUGGGAACUGCUGUUAAGUGUAAUUAAAUAUUUCUUCUUUUC